AUGGAGGUUGCCGUUGCGAAUGAAAAGGAGGCGAAGCAAGACGUGGAUGUCGAUGUGGUACAAGAACUGUUGAGUCGGCUCGAUACCAUCAGCAACGAUGAGGAGGAAAGGGAUACCGGUAUACAUGUACCAAUUCCCUCAGAAAAAGUGGGUGACAGAGGAAAGACUACACUAAAGAAGGACUUACUGCAAAUGUGCAGCGAGGGAAUUGCCGUUGAGAGGGACAUUUUGUAUGGUUCGAUGGAGGGCACCAACGAGAAGAGUGAAGUUGCUGGACAUCAAUUGGAUCCAGGAUUCCAACCUGCCUCUCCUCUAACAAGAUUGAUGGAAAGUGAGAUAUCAUCCUCAAAUAAUGGUAUCAUGGGUCUGCCCCAACUUGAUCGAACUCCCAGGCCUCAACCCGAGUCACUCCCGGGAGCUCAUCGUAUGUAUCCCUUGGGAUCCAACAAUCGAGAAGAAGAAUCUAUCGAUACAGAUAGUUGGGAAAGCAGUCCAUCGGCUGCACCACAGAUUUCCGAAGUAGAACAGCACAUUCAUGAUGCUGAAUUGCCCAACGACGUUUUAAAUGGCUUGUUGGUAGCGGCCAACCCUGUCGAAGAGAAGAGCACCGAUUUUCGACCCAGUAUGAAUCUGGUUCGACCAGAUAACUAUGAUGCCGAAGCUGCCAACAGGAGAAAGCAACAAACCAAACAAGUCAAGACCAACAUUCUUCUGGGGAUUCUUCUUGCAGGCAUCACUGCCAUUGUUGUUACCGUCUUGGCGGUACUGUUACCUAGAAAGGUUGAAGAGGCUUCUGAAGAACCAAUGUCAAUGGCACCAUCCGUGAGUCCAUCCCAGGCACCCUCGUCCUUUCAAGACUACCUGCUUUCUCUGCUCCCGGAGACCACAAUCAACAUUAUCCUAGGAAACGUAGAAUCACCUCAAUCCAUGGCAUUCCAAUGGCUGCAGGAAGACACAGUUGUGAACGUGAAUCUAACAGAUCAGAGAAUACAACAGAGGUUUGCCAUGUCAACACUCUUCUUUGCGACUGGUGGAGAGCUUUGGCAAAGCAACGACAACUGGCUCAACCACUCUGUUCAUGAAUGUGAAUGGUACAUGAAACCUGAUUUAGCCUUGCAGGAUACCUUGAAAUGGGUCUAUCCUGGGUAUCUCAAAGAUUUCUUUCCCCCUUCUGAGCCUCCACCUACGAAAUGUAAUGAUGUUGGCGCGGUGCAGCACUUGUGGUUGGACCAGAACAAUCUUGUUGGCUCAGUGCCAGCAGAACUGUACAUGCUGACGUCGCUAAAGACUCUUUCCAUUGGAUUCGACCGACUCGUUGGAACCAUAUCCACCCAUGUUGGAGCACUCACUGCUCUGGAAGGACUUGCGUUUAACCUUAUUUACAACGCUGGGGUGAUACCCACAGAAAUUGGUCUACUCACCAACCUAAGAGGCCUUGGGUUGACCGGCAACAACCACCAAGGUAUCGUGCCCAGUGAACUAUGGCAGCUCACCAACCUGCAAGACCUUAUCGUAUCCCGAAAUCCAGAGUUGAACGGCAGUAUACCCACAGAGAUUGGGACUUUGAGCAACUUGCGGUGGCUCAACUUUGACGAUUGCAACCUUUCCGGCACAAUAGCUACGGAGAUUGGGCAGCUCGAGUCUCUGGAAUGGUUACUCCUGCACGAAAACAGACUCUCAGGCAGUUUCCCAACUGAAGUUGGAAAACUAUCUGCACUCCUCAUCCUUUCUCUGUUUGACAAUGCGCUGGAAGGUACUCUUCCCACCGAGCUUGGACUGCUUUCCUCCUCGUCAUUGCUCAAUUUGCGAGGGAACCAGUUCGCCGGUGGACUGCCAAGUGAAGUUGGCCUUCUCACCAAUUUGACCAUCUCUCUUGUGCUCCGCAACAACACAUUCACUGGAUUGAUUCCUUCCGAGCUUGGGCUACUAACAAACUUGCGGGAGAUAUCACUGGAGCACAACAACUUCUCUGGUCACAUUCCAAGUCAGCUUGGGCUACUCCAGCAAACCUUGGAUGGAAUAGCACCGCUUCAUACAUUGAACUUGCAAGGGAAUGCAUUAUUGUUGGGGACUGUACCGCCAGCAAUUUGCAACAUUACUGGAGAAUGUAUUCCAAACAGCUUGGAUCCAUGCGAAGCUCCGUUUGGCCUGUUGUUUGACUGUACUGAGAUCCUGUGUGGCUGUGAUUGUUCCUGUGUCUGA